UCUUUGGCCAAGAUGCCUUUGGAACUCUCUGCAAAGAGCAACCGCUCCGAGGAUGGAAGCGAGUCCUUCCUGGAGGGAAUGAUGGAUUGGGAGCUGAGCAGGUUGCAGCGACAGUGCAAGGUGAUGGAAGGGGAAAGGCGGACCUACAGCAAGGAAGUCCACCAGCGCAUCAACAAGCAACUCGAGGAGAUCCAGCGCCUGGAGCAGGUGCGGGCCAAGCUCCAGAUGCAGAUCAGCGUGGCCCAGAGCCAAGUCAAGAGGCUGCGGGACAAUGAGCGGCUGGAGAACAUGGACCACCUGCUUAAGUGCAAGGCGAGGGCUCAGGCCAAGGUGGAGGAGCUGCAGGAGCAGAUGAAGACCCUGGACAAGCAGAUCAAUGAGUGGGAGACCCGCAUCUUCACCCAGGGCAAGAGCGCCAGGGCUCCCGGCUUCAUCCAGAAAGAGAAGGCCAAGGUCCAGCGAAGGAUCAAGAUCCUGGAAGACCAGUUGAACAGGGUCACCUGUCACUUUGACAUCCAGCUGGUGCGGAAUGCGGCCCUGCGGGAGGAACUGGACCUGCUGCGCAUUGAAAGGCGCCGCCAUCUGAACGUGGACCGCAAGAUGAAGAAGGAGAUCCACCACCUGCGGCACAUGGUCAGCUCGCUCAUCGUCUCCUCCACCUCCGCCUACACCGUCAGGGAGGAGGCAAAGACCAAAAUGGGCGUGCUUCGGGAGCGGACAGAGAAGGAGGUGGCCCAGAACGACACGGAGGUGCAGAUCCUGCAGCGGCAGAUAUCACACUUGGACCAGCUGCACCGUUUCCUCAAGCUCAAGAACAACGACCGCGGGGAUCUCACCGCGGAGAGGCGUGAGCAGCGGGCUGGGGAGGAGGCGGAAGGACUCCGAAAGAGCUCCCAGGAGAAGCUGGUGAUGCGCUAUGAGGACACCAUGAGUAAACUGUCCCAGCUGACCGGCGAGAGCAACCCGGAUCUGUUGGUACAGAAGUACCUGGACAUUGAGGAACGCAACUUCGCGGAGUUUAACUUCAUCAAUGAGCAGAACUGGGAACUGCAGCAUCUUCUAGAAGAGAUCAAAGAGAUGCAGGAGGCCUUGGUGAACGAGCGCGCCAGCGGGAGCACCAAGCAGGAGCAGGAGGCGCAGCGGCAGGCAGCCUUGCAGCAGCACCUGGAUAAGGCGCGCUCUGAGUCGGAUCAGCUCGAGGCCCGCUUGAAGGACUUUCGAGGUCAGGUGGAAACGCUCAAGGCCGAUAUCCAGCUGCUCUUCACCAAGGCUAACUGUGACAGCAGUGUCAUCGACGACCUCCUCGGUGUCAAGACCCACAUGCGGGAUCGGGACAUGAGCCUCUUCCUGAGCCUCAUUGAGAAGCGACUGGUGUACCUUUUGACAGUGCAGGCCUUUCUAGAAGUCCAGAACCAAGCCCCCUUGACGGACACUGCCCUCCUGCUGCUGGGCCAGAGCUAUGAGGAUCCUCCCAAGAAGAUGGCCCCUCUGCAGCCACCUGACAGCAUAGAGGACCCCCCCGGUUUUGUGGCCAAAGACGACCAUCCCAUGAGCAGGGAGGAGCUGCUGAGCCAAGUGAUGCAGGCGGUGGAGGUCCAGGAGCUGGCCCAGGAGCAGCGCCAGAAGGAGCUGGCGGAAGCAGUGGGGAAGAUAGACAGCACCCCGGCCGGGGCCUUCUCAAGCACCAGAGUGGCCAGUGCUGGGCCCUCCCUGGGGGCCACCAGCAGGAUCCCUGGGAUUCCUGGGUCCAUCCUGAGCCACAGAGCCAGCAAGGAUCAGGGCACAGGCUCCAUCAGCCGUGUCACUUUUGGCAUCCCCAGCUCCAGUGCAGGCCAGCUGUCCAGGGGUCACCACUCCAGUACGGGCCAGACCACCUUUGGCCCCAUGAGUGCCAGUGGGGUCCCAGGUUCCAGUCGGACCUCGAGCGCCGGUCGUGUGACCUUCAGACCCAUUAGUUCGGGCAGCAACCUGGUGUCCACUGGCUAUAUGGAUUCCAGCAGAGGCCAGGAGAGCUCUGCAGGUGGCCUGGCGAGCAGAGGCGUGGGGUCAGAAUCAAGCGGGGGCCCCAGCUCCAGCAGAGGGGCUCCCUCCAGCACCAGGCCUGCCUCCUCCAGCAGCAAGGACUCCCGCUGCUUCUAG